AUGGACUUGGUCGGAGAAUUUCACAAGUUGGAAAUCGAUGGGAAACUAAACCUCGUAUACCACAACGUUCAAUAUCCAUUACCACAGUUAGACAUCCCCAAAUCAGCCAUUGGUUCCGGCCAAGACCUCCCUCUUCAACCUCAUUUCAUAUGCCCUAGAGUACGACAGUAUUUCGCAUUCCGCUUCCGUGGUAUCGAUUUUGAAGAAAAAAUGAUCAAGUUCACAACUUCCCCUCUCUCUGAUGGCACCAGGUAUAAUCAUCCUGUACUCCCUCUGUUUUGGUGCAACAAUAAGGAAGCCGAAGUAUACGAUGAUUGCGAUGCUUGUCACCAUGCAAAAGUCGGCACUUGUUAUUACUUCUGUGACAAGUGUGGUAAAAGAAUAUCUCGUCACCACCACCGCGUUUCUUUCGUUUCUUCUCUCCCAUCGGCAAAACGGUCUUGCGGAGUUUGCCGGCGAGAGGUUGUUAGUCAUUAUGGUGCAUACGUUUGCACUGCGACUACGUGUAGUGGCUACGCUGUUCACACAAAUUGUGCAUUGCGAAAGGAUAUAUGGGACGGAAAGGAGCUGGAAGGAGUACCAGAAGAAGAUGAUGUAUACGACGAUGUUGAGCCGUUCGUGAGGAUAGCCGAUGGAAUGAUACUCCAUUUUUCUCAUGGCCAUAAUCUAAGAGUCGAGACAAGUAGAGUUUAUGACGAAAAGAAGUUUUGUCAAGCCUGUAUCCUCCCGAUCUACGAUGGUGAAUUUUAUGUAUGUGUGGAAGUGGAAUGUAACUUCAUCUUACACGAAACAUGUGCAAAUGCUCCACGCAAGAAGCUCCAUCCUUUACAUCCCCAUCCACUUCAACUAGAGGUCUACGAUGGAGAUGCAUUCAGUUGCACCUUGUGUGGUCUCUUUAGUAAUGGUUUCGUCUAUUGGUGUUACAACGAGGACUGUGACUCUUACUUCCGAAUAGAUAUACGAUGUGCCUUGGUCUCUGAGCCAUUUACAAAUCAAGGUCAUCAACACCCCUUAUUCCUCGCUUUAGACCCAAAAGAAAAGCCAAUGUGCCACGUUUGCAAGUCAACGGAUGAUGAUGAGAAGCUAAGAGUAUUGAACUGCAUCGAAUGUGACUUUGUUAUAUGUUUCGGAUGUGCUACCUUACCCUACACGGCAAGGUAUAAGCAUGACGAUCAUUGCCUCACGUUUUGUCAUGGAGAUGAGGCAAGUGACUCAGAUUGGUGUGAGCUAUGCGAGAGCAAACUAGCAGAUUAUGGAGGGAGAAGAGGGUUCUAUAAAUGCGACGAUUGCUGCACCACGCUUCAUAUACUUUGCUUACUUGGUCCAGGGCAAUAUCUGAAGUCAGGUGGUACUAUCAAACUCGGAAGAGAUGUGAUGCUUAUUCAUGCCAACACUUAUCCUUCUCGACCAAUUUGCUUUUACUGUCAUAGGCAUUGUCCCGAUCCAAUAUUUUUUGUAUUUAGAACAAGGGUAUCAUGUGGAUGUUACUUCUGA